UGCAAUGCAAACGUGGGGACCUCUAUAACUCCUGCCUCUCUUCCUUCUUCUUCAUCUACUCCUCCUGCACUGCUGCUUAUAUCCGGUAAUGUACCCGUAUCAAACAACAACUGAUGUUGCCCCGUCUGUUCUUCUUCUUCUUGUCUCUGCUGCGGCUGAUGAAAUGGGAAGGGCACUGACGUUGGAUUGGACUCGCUUUGUUGCCGUAGACCGGCAAUCGCGUUGUAAUUGUUCUCUGUCAGAAUCCCAGAUUCGGCCGCGUCAACCUGAGCCGCUGCAAGGUCAAUGUCACCGUCGAUGCCGAGGUCAAGGCUGAAGGUCAAGUUCAGGUCCAGGUCGCGGCUGACGUGAUGGUCGAGGCUGUGCUUUCGAACCUCGCUGUCGGCGUCUUUGCCCAAUUCUGGAAAACUGAUGUCUUGUUUUGCUUCUUCUUCGAAUCCAAAGUAGUUUUGCUGUGGUAGAUAUUCGCUUUGUUGAUAAUGUUGAUGGGUUUCCUGUUGCUGCCGUUGCUGCGUCAAUAGCACAACUCCGGGGAACUCAAUGUCGCCGUCCUCUUCAAGAUUCGGCACACUUGGCCACUGGAGCACAGCCAUCCAAUUUCGGCCUCAGGAGAUGGUUGACCUCCUGCC